AUUAAGCUAAAAUCAUGUGACUGCAUCUGGAAACAUUUCUAAACAAGACUUUAUAUGAGAAUUUAACUUCAAGACUGAAGUACAAACACGCAGGUUGUCUAUUUUUACCAACGAAGGUUGAACUUCAUCACUUGUGUCUGUUUAGAGCAUCAGGAUGUCUCUGACAAUGUCUCAGGAUGAUGGGGUGACUGUUAUCACCGUCACCUCAAACCCAGAUAGUAAAUGGCCCAUUCUGUGUCAGAUUCUGGGUACCGUGUGCUACAGUCCAGUGUUUUCUGUAGCUCACGAUAUGAAAGGAAAACUGACAGAAACUCUGACAGCUCUUGGGAUUAUACAGAUGAUAGUGGGAAUCAUCAAUAUUGCAAUGGGAAUUUUUCUUGUAACCACCUACGAUUACAAUAGGAACGUUCUGCACACUGCAUCACCUAUCUGGUUUGGUGGCGUGUUUUUUGCAAUUGGAAUCGUUUGUAUUCUUGCUGCAAAGUUUCCCAGUCAUUGCUUGUUGAUCAUCGCAGUGAUUCUGAGCAUAGUCAGUGCUGUUCUGGCAGUCACGGCUGGCGGGUUGCAUUCAGCGGAUCUGGUAACGGGUUUCCAUCCAAACUGUGAUGACAAUUAUUAUUCACGUUAUGGAGAUCUUGUACUAUCACCUGAACAGAGGAAGGGCCGGGAAAUGUGUCUGUACAAUCAGGUGAUCUAUAGAGGUGUAAAUAUCAUGAUGAUAGUUUUGGCAGUUCUUCAGCUCUGUGUAACCAGCAGCUUUUUUGCUUUGACUUUGAAUGCUUUGUGCGAGAAAAUCGAGGCUGCACAGUCUGUGGAGAACCCACAACUUUACAAGCCUCUCGUGGAGGACGCUACUGCAAUCCCGUAUGCUAAAGAAUGAACAUGGAUGAAAAAGCAAUGUCUUGCAAUACAAGAAGUUCCAGUUUUUUGUUGUUUUAGGUGAAGGGCCAUUUUAAAAAUAAAUUUGGCAUUACCCUC